AUGGAGGUACCGAAUUACAAAGAUGUGAACGCAGACAGCCAACAACCACCACGAGAAGAAGAUCAUGUCACAGACAAAGACACAGAGCUAAGACUGGAACCCCUGCUCGUGGUAGACUCCCCAGAUACUGACCAUUACGUCACGGACGACUCUGGCUGUUGUGUCAGGGGCGUGGCCGCGGUAGAGCAGUGGGUGGGUGUGACGUAUACCAAACACAGACGGGAUAUUCUGUUCGUUUUGAGAUCUGUUUUGCUGCUGGUGUAUCUCAUGUAUUUCGCUUACUGUAUGAAAGUCAGGUUUGGAGACGAAGGUUCCUAUAUCUUGGUUGGAGUCACUGUUGGUCUGGCCAUUUACAUAGCAUCCGCGUUCUGCGACAAGUGGAAAUGUUUUCAGAUGUUCACUUCUGUAUGCUCAGGUUUGUUGUAUGCGGUGUCGACACUGGCCUUAGUGAUCUACUUGGGGGUUGACAUCAUCACCAAGCACCACAGGAACGCUCAGGCAAUCCUUGGCAUCGCUACCAUAGUGUUCAUCUGCUUCUUAUUUUCUCACAGCCCGAGCAAGGUGAACUGGCACCCCGUGUUCUGGGGGCUGAUCAUCCAGUUCGUGUUUGCCAGUUUGGUCUUGCGGACAGAGGUCGGCUAUAGCGCCUUCAAGUGGAUGGGCAACGUUGUGAACACCGUGGUCAAUCUCUCAGACAGGGGCUCCAAGUUUGUGCUCGGCGCUAGUUUCGAGACAAAAGGAGCUGGUUUCUUCUUCUCAACUGCUGGAGUGAUCGUCUUCUUCAACGCCAUGAUCUUUGUACUGGACUAUGUGGGUGUCCUGGAGUUCAUCGUCCUCCGUAUAGGUGGCGCUCUGGCUUUUUGUCUGGGCACAGGGCCCGUGGAGUCUGUGGUCUCAGCUGCCAACAUUUUCAUAGGACUGUCGGAGGCACCCCUGCUUGUCCGUCCCUACCUACACUCCGUGACCAGGUCGGAGCUACACGCCAUCAUGACCUGUGGCUUUGCCAGCAUCUCCGGCGCCUUCAUGGCCAUGUUUAUACAGGCUGGGGCGCCUGCCAGUCAUUUGCUAACAGCCGCAGUCAUCUCGGCACCUGCCGCCCUGGCCGUCAGCAAGCUGGUGUGUCCGGAGACCAGGGAAGUCGACUUGGACAGUCAAAGGAACGUCCGCAUGAGAGACGAAAACUCAGAUCAGAAGAAUGUCGUCCACGCGUGCUCCGACGGUGCCAGUUUUUCCAUCAAGUUGGUGGCUUCCAUCAUGGUGAAUAUGAUGGCGUUUGUGUCCGCCAUGAACCUUGUGGAUCACCUCCUGGUCUGGCUGGGCGAGCGGGCUGGUAUAGAAAACCUCACGUUUGGGUACCUGUGCUCUUACGUGAUGUAUCCAGUGUCCUAUUCCAUGGGGGUGGAGCCCGCAGACUGCGGAGCUGUGGGAGCACUGAUGGGAGUCAAGCUUUUUGCCACACCGUUUGUGGCCUACGUGGACCUUGGUAAACUAAUCCAUAACCGACGUGUACUCGAGGAGCACGUAUUCACAAAUAACGGAACGUGGCAUUGGACGGGCUCUGACGUCAUUCUUGACGAUAGUAACACCACGUUGGUUGGCGGCUUCAUGUCGGAGCGGUCAGAGGUGAUCAUCACGUACGCCAUGUGUGGUUUAUCAGCGUUCCCAGCCAUAGGAUUCUGUAUGGGAACUUUGAUACCCAUGUGUCCUCGACGCAAACCGGAUAUUGUUGAUCUCGUCAUCAGUGCCUUCGUCGCCGGAAAUGUAGCCAACAUUAUGACCGCCGCCAUUGCAGGCGUCAUGUUCUCUGACACAGCCAUCCCUCUGCCUCACUGA